AUGUCACUCCCUUUCUACCGCCCACCGUUUGUCUGCGAAAAGCUAAAUUGUGAAACGUGCAAAGACAGCUAUCUCAGCGGUUUCCAACAAAAAAACCAACGUCAAGCAUAUAUCAAACAUAUCCCCGACAACCAAGCGGAGGGCAUCAUACGGGACCACGCCGACUCCAUUGAAAGAGACUACUUGUUUUUGAAAGAACAAAUCGAUCAGAGAGGCGAUGCAAUACUGAAGGCAUGGAGCGGCGCGAAUCCAGCGAGAAAGGCCAAAGCGCUUCAGGCUGCAACAGCAAAGAUCGGAUCUCUUUCAAGCAGAUGGGAGGGCCUGAGGAUGCACCAUGCUGUUUCCAACGAGGAGGUCAACGCUAAAGGCAUGCGUAGGCUUACGAUUGAUAAGUCCCCAACUCUGCGCCAACGGAGAAGCUUCCGCAACGCUCUUUUACUUCCGUAUUUGUCCAAGGGAGCUCUCACAGAGGACGAGACUCUGUUUCUCUGCUUGCUCCACAACCGCACCGAGUUCCCACCCAGCAAAUGGUCAAAUUUGGACCUGCAACUCACUUCCUUUGGUCGCAAAAACGGACUUCUGGAGCGGAACUUCAGUACAACCUUCUUUCUCACCAAAGACGGUGUCUACGGCCUCCCUGCGCCAUAUAGCCGAGAUCACUUCCACACCGAUGGCACUCUACUAGGGUUCCCAAACUGUGAAGUCUUGUUUGAAGCGCAGCGGAAGCUGUACGGCCUGCUUCGGGCGGUUGUCACAGACCUGCUCAAGGACCGCAAAGUUGUCGAUACUGGCAAGCGGCAAUGGCUGAACGAUGCUAGUCAAAUCUUCUUGCACGAGCCGAAAUUGUUUCCUCGGAACUUGGCGGGCAGUGGAGCAGCGGCCGAUCGUCUCGUUUGCUCACCACCAGUCUCUAUCAAAUCGUUUAUCGAGUGCUGCAAAACGUCUGCCAAGACGCGGCAGAGUGAUGCAGAGCGAGAUUUGCUGUCACUCCAGACUGACCCAGAACACAUGCAGCGCAGGCUCGCUCACCCGAGCGGGAGCGCGUAUUACCGCGGACUUGGAUCGAACGCAUGGAAUCAUCUGGCCCUGGACGUAUGGUCGCCUGUGUUCCGUCGAGCAUGGACAUGGGAUUUUGUGGCGCUCUGGGCCGUAGUCUUGGAGGAGAAGCCGCAUCUUGAGAUUCUUGGCGUUUUGUAUUUUAUAAUAGAAAAAACCGUGCAGGACGUAUAUGGGACAAUGAUCACGGACCUGCUCGUCAAGGGCGAAGAAUUCAGCACGCAGCUGAGGCAGAUACACGGCAAAUCAAAGAGUCAGCUCACCGUAGCUCAGAAGCUUGAAGCUGCGCAGAAGGUCACGCCGAUACAUCUGGMAAAAGAUCCCUUAUUCUGGRCAAUGGCAAAUCUGGCCAAAUACGAGAUGCCAGGGCUACAGUACGACCCACCGCAGAGACUGCCGUUGGACGAACUUGUAGUGGUAGCCGCCGAUGCCAUCACCAGGAAGAGCGAGAAAGAACGAGAAGCGCUUCGAGAUGCAAACGUUCUUGCAACGAUUGACGACCUUGCAGCGCUAUCCUGCAUCUUGAGCAUGCUGGAUUCCCUGCCUCUCUUUCAUAAAUUUGAACUUCCGGACGUGUACAAUGCUGCGGCCAAGAAGUAUGUACUGCUCAUACGUCGCCCACCCGAUGGUGGGUGCUAUGCGGCCUCAAACGGCAUGGUUGAUGUUUUCGAUAAUGACUCUUUUUUGAAUCGACUUGGAUCAGCAGGAAGUCUUUUGAGUGCCUUCAGCAAGCUCCCACUACCUCAAUGGAACAAGGCGAAUCACCUUGGCGAGUGGGAACAGGUUGCGACUCUUCGAACACAACUGGACAAGUUCUGGGAAGAACUGAGCAAGAAGCGCACAGCCUGUCUCGCGGAGCUCAAUUCAGGUUUUGCGGCAGAAAUUGACAUUCUACCGGAUGUGACAGUGAUGCRGCAGGGUUACGAAGACUCGACAGACCUGUGGCUGAUUGCGAGAAAUAUUGCCGCGCAGCAGAUGGCUCAAGCUUCGAAGCCGGCGGUCCAGCAGGGCAACAGAAUGGCAGAGACGCCUGCUGGACAGAAUCCUUCGUAUGUGCCUCUGCCGAACGUAACAACUUCACCGCGACAUCGCGCCAAUCAAAUUCAAUUGUCGAAGAGACAGGAAAGGAUCAAGGAGCGAGCGGAUCGAGAAGAAGCUGCUCGAGUUGCAGCUGGUGCUGAGCCGACGCCUGUGGUUCCGAAACGUGAUCCGCCGUUGCCUAUCCGGGUAGACCAGAACGCAUUGAAUACGAUUGCUUGGUUUUGGCCAUACGCGAGCCAAGUCUAUGGAACACGACGCACGCGAGUAACUUGGACGAAAUGUAUGGCUGCUUUGGUACAGGCGGGCUUGAAUCUCGUCAAUGUUGUUGGCAACCAUCAUACUUUCAGGGGGCGGGACGGGACGCUGACGUACCCUGCCCCUCAUGGUAGACGUGAUUCUCCGAUGGAUUCACUACAAUUGAUUUGGCUUGGGAGACAAUGUGAGAGGGAAUUGGGGUGGACUUGGAGUACUUUUGAUCCGAACUUCGAUCUGGAUGGGGCCGUUGCCGAGCUGGGAGAUGAGGAUAAUGGGGAUGGUGGUGGCGGCGUUGAUGCUGGGGACUGGGAUGUUGGCGAUGUUGGAGAUUGGGAAGUCGGUGGUGAUGAUGGCGAUGAUAAUUUUGAAGAUGAUGGGGAGGACGUGGUAAUGCGGGAAUGGGACGACGAGGUUGAAUAA